CUUGGACAAUUUCAAGUUUCGCCAGCCAAAGUCGCGCGCCAGACGGUUUGCACCAUCGAAGCCAAAGUCGGGCAUCCUCUGGCUGGCAAUGGCAGCAAGAGCAAUCAUCCAUCGGGCAAGGCUCGCAAGCCUACCUCAACCGGGCUUGUCAAGCUUCGCCCUACCCUGUCACAAGCUCGUGUUUGAGUACUCGGAGAGCUGGGCGAGCAAUCGUGGCUUGAGAGAUUUCCUCGCCAACGACGUCGUCGAGUUUGCCCGGAGCGUACCUUCUGUCGAGGUCAUCGUCAAGCAACGCAAAGCCGGUCAUCCCAUCGUUCGGGGACACUAUGUCAAUGGACGAGAUAAAGUCAUCUGCUUGAGAGGAUUGGAAGGAACGGGAGUACAGCAAAAGGUCAAGCUGCUCGUCGAUGCGUCGGGCCAGAAGCUGCGUAGGAUAAAGGCAGAGCAUCCUGUCCAAUCGACCAACGAGAGCGUGAGGGGAAUGUGGUCCGCCUUUCACACGCCGCUGCCUUCAGAAUCAUCAGGCAGGCAAAUGCGAAACAAAGGUCCACGAGCCAUCGCUCGAUGAAGCUCCCUAGAUCAUGUAUUGUCGAUGUUGUUGUAUUGUCGUAAGCGCGCAAAAGAGAGGGAUGCACGCGUAAAGAACUACAACUUUGGCUUCUUCUCAC